CCUUGCCUUUGGCAUGCUUAGAUGAAAUCCUACAUCUGGCUUCAAACUGUGGAUGGCUCUAUUCAUCAAGUAGAGGAAGAGGUAGCCAUGUUUUGCCCCAUGAUUUGCCAGGAAGUACUUCAAACAGGCAUGGGAUCUUCCAAAACUUGUGCUAUAUCUCUUCCACAUCAUGUCAAUCCUGCAAUCUUGGAUUUGAUACUUGAUUACUGUCGGUUUCACCAAGUACCAGGACAUUCUAACAAGGAGCUCAAAAUUUUCAACGAGAAGUUUGUUCGGAUAGAUACAAAGAAGUUAUGUGAGUUGACAUCUGCUGCUGACAGCCUCCAACUGAAGCCUUUGGUUGACCUGACCAGUCGAGCCCUUGCUAGGAUUAUUGAAGGAAAAACUCCUGAGGAGAUUCGUGAAACAUUUCAUUUGCCUGAUGACCUGACUGAGGAAGAGAAGCUGGAGCCUCUGAGAAACGUAACUGAUGAUCCACGUAUUCGACUUCUAAACAGAUUGUAUGCUAGAAAGAGGAAAGAACUACAAGAGAAAAAGAAACUGAAGGAUGUUGCGGUUGAGGAGGAACCAAAGGAUGAGCGUUCAGUUGAAGAUCUUCUAUCAUUUAUUAAUGGCGCAGAUGGAGAUAUAAAGGGAACUAGAGCAAGUAAAAAUAAAAAGAAGAGUAGAAGGAAAGACCAGGCAAAGGAUCUUUCUUCAAAAAAUGCAAAUGAAAACAAUAAGGGGUUGAAUCUUCUUCCUUCUGCAUAUCACAAUGUCAAUUUUGACAAGGCCUUAGAGGCCUCUGCAAGUAAACACUCAAGGAUGCAAACCAUUCCAGCUGUUAAUUUUUCUCCAAAAUUUGAAUUUAUUGAUGGUGAUGUUGACGAUGAUUUAGAUCCUGCUGUGAAGGAGGAGCUUGACAGGGAAGUGGAAGAUUUUGCGCGAAGAUUGAAUUCAGAUUGGCCUGAAAGGAUGCAAAUUUUAUCUUUGGGUCAGGACAGAAGACUGGUACCAAUUUCUGUGAAUGGCAAUGGUUCAACGCACCUGUACACGAGUCUGUGUUGAUGGUGAGGAGUUGCAGCUGGGUUCAUGAUUGCAAGUCUAUCAUUGAGCAUUUUAACUUAUGGUACAUAUAGGCUUUUGAUGAUAGUACAGCACUGGCAGAUAAUUCAAUUUCCAAGUUUAGAGGAAGUUGAAGUGAUUUGAAAGGAUGGCAGCUCAGAGUUUGAAAGUCUCUUUGUAAACACCAUGUGAGUAAUAUUUAUUUGUUCCUUAUAACUUAUAAUCAAACUGUGGCUUUGUUUCUUAAAUUUGAGCUUUUUGAAUUCUGCGAAAAAGGGGAGAGAGGGACUGAUAGAGAAAGAGAAAAUGUGUGAAAAAAAGGAUGAAUAAAAAGAAUCUUGAAAAGCAAUUUACCUUGCCCUUGUUUCCUUGUAUUUAUUCCAAUCUCCAUGAUAAUUCCAGGCCUUUGAAUUUUUAAAAUUUAAUUUCAUUGUUAUAUUUUUGUUUCUAUGGUAUAGUUAGUUUGUAGAUGAGUAAUAGUGUUCCCCUUCAGUUGCACAACCAACUUAAUCUCUCCAAGCUUUUUCGUCUAAUUCUACUAUUAUAGCUGAAUUUUCUUGUACCUUUUAGUGGUCAGUAUGAGAGAGGAUUGAUUGCGUACUUACCAUAAAGGAAAACGAAUUUUCAUUUUAGCUUUGGCUUCAUAUCAUUUAUAAGAUGUUACUGAACGAUAAGGGCACACCUCUAUGUACGUUUAGAGUUAUACUGCUCUCUGGGUUAAUAUGCUUCACUAGUAUUUUUUU